ACAAAUCAUUCUAAUGCCAGCCAAACGGUUGCCGUGGCUUCAUGUUUGCAUCUUUGUCGAGGGCAACAACAAACUGGCCGGUUUGCCAACAAACGGAUCUCAGUCCCACCCAUUUUCGGCAUCAUUUCCGUCAUCGCCUUUGGGCCGGGUCAGCAAGAAGAUAGAAUAAUGGUUCGAAUCGGUGGGCGGAUCCGAACUGAAUGCGGGCCGGCUUUUCGUUGCAGUUAG